UUUUUAUUUGUUUUUCGCUCGUUUUCUCUCGUUUUACUUUUCAUGGUUUCUCGGAAUGGGCUCCUUAUAUUUUUAUUCAUGCUGGGUCUUGGGCUUCCUGUGUCAGUGCAAGCGCGUGGAGAAUGGGCUCCUUGUGCUCUCCCCGUGUCCGACCUCGGGCUUCCUGUGCUAUACCUUUGCUUACAUGGGCGUACUAUGGGAUCGCGUGUUUUGGCUCCGUGGAGCGUGAAGCGUGCAAUAUCAUCGCGUGUUUUGGCUCCGUGGAGCGUGAAGCGUGCAAUAUCAUCGCGUGUUUUGCAUGCUCCGCACCAACCGUUCCUAAACUGUUAUCAAUCAUCGUCGAUUACAGCAACAUUUCCGCUCUACCACGUCUUGAAAUAGAGAGCCAUCAUCUUCAAAACUCCAAUCCAAACUUGUUGAAAACAUGCUAGGCUAAGGUUGACGUGUAUUUCUUGUUUCCUUGGAAACAAAUGAUAGCAACGGGUCAGAUCUGGACGUUUUUGGGCGACAUUUGUCUAAAGAGCUACUCAAUAUUAAUCGACUCUCUGUGAAGUGUUUAGGGCUGCCAGUCUCGCAAAUAUAGUCGCGCUCAUUUGCAUUUUCGAACUAGAAAGCUCGCCGAUGGGAGUAUGAACGCUCUCACCUUCGGUCUUAUGUUGUCUUGUUCGAUUCAAACCGCAAGUUUAUUACACCUGUUGAGCUUCGCUGGUUUCUUUGAAAAGUUAAGUGAUAUGAAACUUUGAAAACACCUGGUUGUUGAACGAAAAGUCAAGGAUCUGCACUUUGAGAUGCUUUUAUUACCUCGUCAACGGCUCCUCGCUCUCACAUUCGACACAGAGAAACUGUUGGUCAGCGCAUUUGACAUUCCUGACUUUGAGUGGAGCCACACUGGUUAUAUCGUGAAAAUUGUUGAGAAGAAAAUAACAUAAUAAUUAGCGCCUUGGAAGGUAUAUUUAUCGCUGUCAGCGGUCUCUCGAUUUCUUAUUUAGUAAGAGACUAGUAAUUGCCUCACUGCGAAGUCGAGUCUGCAGAAGUCUUGGGAAUAUUGACUUAGGUAAUAUCAUCUUGUGAAAAAGUCAAGGAAGGGAAGUAAGGAAGUGAUCAAAGAAGAUGGAGGAAGCGCAUUUCUCAAUUUCCCAUCGGAGCACGUACACCAGCGCCACUGAAUUGACAAAACUCGGAGAAAGCCCAUUCAGCCUAGCGAAGACGCCACGAAAGACUUCGGCGCCGACUCGGAGUGAUUCGCACAAUCCACCGUUGCUGACGGAACUGCAGGUGCUAAAGAAAACAAACCUCGGGUCGGAAUCAGGCCGAGAAAAACUUGGCGGCAGGCAGAGGAGUCUGUCUUCGACGAUUACCGAUUGCUCUCGGAGUUCCGAGACGAGUCGCUCGGAUAACCGACGCAGCAGCAAAGAAACACACUCUCCGAACGAGGAUACAAAAAGUCAAGAAAGAAAGGUAGGAAAAGAAAGAAAGAUGGAGGAAGUGCAUUUCUCUAUUUUUCCGCGCAUCAGGUACACCAGCGCCCCUGAAUCGACAAAACUCGGAGAAAGCCCAUUCAGCCUAGCGAAGACGCCACGAAAGACUUCGGCGCCGACUCGGAGUGAUUCGCACAAUGCACCGUUGCUGACGGAUCUACAGGUGCUAAAGAAAACAAACCUCGGGUCGGACUCGGGCGGAGAAAAACUUGGCGGCAAGCACAGGAGUCUCUCUUCGACAAUGGUCGACUUCUCUCGGAGUUACGAGACGAACCGCUCGGAUACAAACUUCGCGUCGAAACCUGAGCGAGAAAAACUUGGCGGCAAGCACAGGAGUCUCUCUUCGACAAUGGUCGACUUCUCUCGGAGUUACGAGACGAACCGCUCGGAUAAAAACUUCGCGUCGAACUCGGGGCAAGAAAGACUAGUCGGCAAGCAAAGAAGUCUGUCUUCGUCGAUGGACGAUGCCUAUUGGAGUUACAUGUUGCGACGCUCAGGUAACCGCCGCAGCAGUAAAGAGACCGUUAGAGAUAUCCAGGCCUGGUUUGAUUUGAAGCUGAGAGGCAGUAGAAAGUCUAGUUCUGAUGAGAACGCGAACUAUCCAUUAAUGUCACAAACAAAGAAAAUGCAGUAUCAAUGCAUGUUUCAGCUGAGAGGUAACAAAGAAUCAGGCUUUGAUGAGAACGCCAACUUUAAAACAAAUAGCGUCCAGUCUCAGAACUUGUUUCAGGACAAUAGGAAAGCAAGCUCUGACGAGAAUGCUAAUUUCCCACUUGCGCCAUCAACGAAGAAAACCCAAUCCACGCAUACUGUUAAACUUGGGAGUAGCUUAAAAGGAGGCAGAAUCCCUGACGAGAAUCAGAAUUAUGCACUGGUGUCCCCCCAAAAAACAACCGACUUUGAUUUCGACACUGUGUCCAAAGUGACAAGCAACGAGAUAUAUACCGAGCAUUUUGCUGGCGCGCUGUACGACGCAUUGGAGCCAAGCUCUCCCGUGUUACCCUACACAAAAAAGGCAUCUAAGACGAGUCCCCCCACCGUCCCCUCCCCUACAGCUAUAGAGAAGGAGCUCAGCUACUGGAAGUCCAAGGAUGGAACCCCGGGGAAUCCAACGUGGAAAAUGCCCAAAGAGCUCAACGACCUUCGAUCGCAUUUUCGUUCGAUGAUUAUCAUAGCAGGAUACGUCUUUUUCCCGCCAGACAAAAAUCCCCUCUCCCUCCCCCAAGGGUCCACCUUGCGCGUGGAGUUACGGGAUGCUUUGGAACCCGAACACGUUCACGGGAAGGCGACGGUGGACGCGUCAUUCUACCGGCGGGGUACAAAACUCGGGUAUACGAUAAUUUGCCGUAAGCCAAAGUUCCCCUGGGCGUAUAGCGUAUGGGGGGUUCUAAAUGUCGGGUGGUCGCCGACGGACCAUGAGUGGCUGCGUGCUGGGGAUUACGUCACCAAGAAUGAGCACCUCAUCACCAUUAACGAGAAAGGCAGUUACGUCAUGGACUUGUCGCUGACUUUAGUGUCCCCUGUAUGUCGGCCCAGAAAGCCUUCGGAUUUCUAGUAGUGGUAGCUAGGAUUACCUCAUAGAAAAUAAGCACCUCCUCACCAUUGACGAGAAAUUACGUCAUGGACCUUUCGCUGACCCCAGUGUCUCCUGUCAGUCGACUCAGAAAGCCUUCUGCCUUGUGGCAGCGACACCAGGAAAUAUACCUUGUGUUGUCGAAUGCUGACCACAUCUAGACAAACGCCAGCGUAUUUAUAAGGGCUAUUCCUACGUCAGUUAUGCAUUUGAAGUGUUUUUAGACAGAGGUUUUAAAAGAAAGGAGACAAGCAGACCCAGAAGAAUACAUUCUCUGAAUAUAAGAAAUCAUAACAAAGGCGAUCAAGCGCGAUCAAUCCCUUCAAUCUCAAUCAAUGCUUUGCAAAUUUGAGUUCCAUGUUAUUUUCACGUCUUGGAAGGUUCUAUAUGAAAAGCUGAAAUCAUAUGCUUGAACAGGGGCAUGUAGGCUCGGAGUUUUGUGGGAGAGAGGGUGCGCAGGCAUAGAUACAAUUCUUUUUGACCCAGUGGGUGGGUGGGUGGGUGGGGGCGUACUUCUUUGCGCUCCGUCUUAGCUAAGCAGUCUCGGCAACGCAUUCUCAGUCACGCGCUCUUGGUUAUCAAGUAGCUGAAAAACAAUUAGUCACGCGUUUUAAUUAUGUGUAAAAUGUCGUGAGAACCAUCGUUUUUAUCAGUGAUAAACUAUUCCGUUAAUGUAAAGAAAAUACAAACAUUCGCCUUAAGACUUUAAAAAGUUAAAAGCCUUUGAAAUAUAUCUGUUAAACCUAUGUGUAGUAGUUAUCAGUUGUUGAUAUUUGUUUUUGAUAUUUCUGAAUGUGUGCUGCAAGAUCUAAGAAAAAUAUCUAUAGCUACCCUCCUUGCUUACAUCACAAAUCAGUUCUUGGGAAAAAAAUGAAGUCCAACAUUUUAUGCUCUACCGCCCUUCAAAGAUUUGAAAUAUUUUUCCCUCUUUCCCAAGAGAAUUUCGACAAAGAGUUUUAACUAGCAUUAUCCAAAACAUAUCAUAGUCAUUACUGCGAUUCCUCGCUUCAUAUCUCAGUUUGACACUCUGGCUUUUCGAAGGGUGAAGAACAGCCAAAUCUCAGGCUUUUUUGCAAAUCCCGUCUAUGUAGCCAUAGUUUGAUGAGAGCCAUGC